UAUUUUUUAUCUUGAUAGAACCAAACUUCUGCUAAAAUACUGAUUUGCCGCUACAGAGAUGGCGCGAGUUAUAUUCACAGCUAUUGCCUUAUUUGUUGGGAUAUGCUUUGUGAGUGCGAAAAAAAAAGGUCCUCCUCUGGCAGCGUGUAAAAGCAUGACGCCGAGUCAUGCCGGAGUGAAGCCGGGGGCUAAGAAACCUUACCAUGUUAUACCUGCUUGUUAUGUAUUUGAGGAGAAUGAAAUCAUGCAAAUGAGACUGAAAAACGUCAGAUUAGGAGGUGGACCAUAUAAAGGAAUGUUUAUGCAGGUCAGAAAAGAAGAAAAUAUCAAAAAAACAGACACAGUUGGUGAAUUUAUUGUCAACGAUCAACCUGGCGAGAGUCAAAAUCCAGCAGAUAACUUCCAGCCAAUGAAAUGCUUUGGUAUAGACAAUUCCGCCGUCUCUCAUAAAAAUCCAUCACUGAAAAUAGCUGAAUCCACGUUUGUCACAUGGAAAGGACCAGCAACAUGCAAACAAAACGAAAUAUUUUACAUCAGAGCUACGGUGGUCAAAUUAUUCCACGAAUUCCAGACUGAUAUCGUCGUUCCUAUAAUAUGCAAUGCAAAUAGAUCUGAUGUAGAUGUUAUGGAGAAAAUCCGACCAAUCCAUCAUGCACUCUAUUGUAGUACACCACCACGCGGUUCUUGGGCCAUUAUUCCUGAAUAUUCCAGUGAGUCAUUUGAAAGCGAGACGUUGCCAAUGGGUGGCUGGAGCCAUAUGUUCAGUGAUCCUGCACACCAAUUCAAAAGAAUUAUGGGACCCACACCAACUGAAGGCACCGGUGCAUCGGAAGCUCAGGACGGAGAUUAUUACCUGUACUUCGAAGCCUCCGGUACUCGUAAAUUUGAUUCGGCUGGUCUUGUAAGUCCCCAUGGCCUUGUGGGAUGCUUCUGUCUUUCGUUGUGGUGUCACAUGGAUACCGACAAACGAACGCAAUUCCGAAUUAGUGUACUCGGAGACGAACCCAGGACUCUUUCCGAUAUCGUACUUGUAAAUCCAAAGUGGAGUCGAGUGACCUUUGACUUUCAACAAGUUACUCCCGCUACGAUUGUUAUCCAAGUGUUCAGCAGCGGAGGUGAAAAGGGAGAUAUCGGAAUUGACAACUUGCGCAUUCAACCUGGAAAAUGCUCAUAAUUCACACGAUUUUCUGUAUAGUGUAGACGUCAUGUUUUGCCAUAUAUACUUAUCAGCCAUAAUUUGCUUAAACUUUUUGACAUACUUGAAAUUGAGACUUAUGUUAAAUUUUGCUGUUCGAAAUCCUUUUUCUGUAACAAAUACAUCUUUCACCUGCAUCUUGUGAUAAUUCAUCAAUUAUAGUAAAAUAUACAAUUCCCCUAAUUCACAAUUUCUUUAUAGUCCAUUUAUUUUAACGAAUUAUAUUGAUUGCAAUUUCGAAUUUCACCAAGAAUAUGCCAUCAUUUUCGAUGUAAAAACUCCCUUCUAUUCUUAUAUUUUAUGAUUUUGCAAUUUUAAAUCUGCAAUAUCGCGUUAACAUUACUGAUACGAAAUAUAUAACAGAUAUGUCGAAUAUAUUGAUAUAAAACUUGAUUGGAAUAUUCAAUAAAUUUUAAUAAGUGUCGAUAAAAAUUGAUAUAUAUUGUAUAUUAGGAUAAAGAAAUUUUAUAAAAUUGAAAAAUGUUGAUUCAUCGCAAGACGUAAAUGUUUUGUAUUGUAAAAAUUUUAUGUAAGAGGUACCAGUUUCGUUACGACCAAAUAAAACUUCAAAUACAGUG